AUGGGCAUCUGUUUAGACACAGAACAAAACAAUGAAGAAUUGGAGACGACGGAACGCAGUCGUGGCAGUACCAGGGCGACUUCUCCUAUGGGAGCUGGCUUCCCCAUGCAGAACUCGAGUCACGUCAAGUUUGAACCACCGAACGUUCCAGUUAUAUUUGUAUUGGGAGGCCCGGGCAGUGGCAAGGUGACGCACUGUGACAACCUGAUGCAGGAGAGACGCGGCCUCGUACAUAUCAAUAUGACUGAUUUACUGCAGCAGUACGCUAUUGGCAAUGACAUGCAAGACUUCGGUACACUGUCAAGUAAGACGGUGACAGAGGUGCUGAUGUUGGAGAUGAAGAUGGCGCCCACCGCUAAGACCUACCUUGUGUCUGGCUACCCACGGUCUAUGAGAGAUGUUGCAGAAUAUUCAGAAAAGAUACAAACAAUUAGUGGUGUAAUUCUCGUGAGCUGGCGGCAGAAGGUUCUAGAACGACAAAUAGAGUAUGGGGCGCGGCUCGGCCACGUGGUGCUCAGCCUCGCGAGGAUGGAGUUAAACAAUUUCUAUAAGAAUGUGAUGCCCGUUGCUGACUAUUUUGAUCAGAGCAAUAUGCUUGUUGCGGUGAAUGGUGAACGGAACCCUGAUGAAGUGUACAAAGACUUUCGCGCUGCUGUUCUGCAGAUACUAACCUCCGUUGAAGAUCAGGAUAUGAAUGGUGUUGGAAAUGGUGGCAUACCGGGUGAAAUAGUUGGCGUUGAACCUGCACCAACGAGAAUUCAAACUGAAUUUCAAGCCAUUGAUGUCGAAGAUAUACCAGUUCCAACUCGGCCAAUGCCAAUUGUGUCGCCCAAUAUGCCACAGAGCAUACCACACGCCUUGACACAGAGUAUGCCAAAGGUCUUGACUGUCAACGGUGUGGACCAUGUGAACUCAAGACCUGAAGUAAUAAGAGUUCAUGGUACCGCGAUUGCUGCUCCUACGCUUUGGGUGGUAGGUGGUCCGGGAAGCAAUAAGGCCGCCUUGUGUCAGCGAGCCGUGACACAAAGACAUGGUUGGACCCAUUUCAGCCUAGGCCAACAUCUUCGCAUCCUAUCUGAUGCUGGAGGGGGACCAGCAUCAGAUGGUGCCUUAUCCCGUGCUGCGAUCAGUGGGGGAGAGUUAGCACCAAACGACCUGGUCACCAAAUUGGUGACCGCUGCCACUGUCGAUGCAGCGAGAAGUGGCCAUGGUCUAUUACUAGAUGGAUACCCUCGGGAUGUAGACCAGCUGGCCUGGUAUCAGAAUGAGUUCAAAGUACAACCACGUAUGGUACUCUUGGACUGUUCGAAGCUGCAAUUGGGAAGGGGCAGACGAGAUGACUCUGUAGCUGCUUUUAGAAGACGACUCGAAGUGUUCCGUGAACUCAGCCUCCCAAUGCUGAAAACGCUGGACCAACAGCAUCGGCUUGUUAUUGUUGACGGCGAUACCGAGUCAGAAGAAGUUCAAGCAGAAUUUACGAGGGUCCUUCUAGAGGAGAUGGAGAAGGCUGAAGCCCUUGCUGAGAUACCACAACCGGAAUACUCUACUCCGAAUGAAGCAAUGUCCCAAUUCACACAUGCGAUAUCCCGUAUGGGGGCAGGAUUGGCUAAUGGGGUCCCAAAUGGGACCCACAAGGCGGUGCCAAAUGGUAACGUUGGCAACGGGUUCAUUGGGAUAACUAAUAAUAAGGUGAAACCAUUGAUAAACAUGACACGCAUCCCUUCUGUGUCCCAAAUGACACAAGAUGACGUCAGACGACUGUACGAACAAAGUUCGGGAAAUAUAACUGUCAAUACACAUAUAUAA